AUGGCCUGGCCUCUUGUCUGCCUCUUCCUGCUCACUGUGUGCUCAGGUUCUCUCUCCCAGCUUGUGCUCACUCAGCCUUCCUCUGCCUCCUCCUCCCUGGGAGCCACAGCCAAACUCACCUGUACCCUGAGCAGUGGAUUCAGUAAUUAUGGUGUUGGUUGGCACCAGCAGAGCCCAGGGAAGGCCCCUCGGUAUAUCAUGUGGGUAAAAAGUGAUGGAAGUGUAAGCAGGGCUGACGGGAUCCCUGAUCGCUUCUCUGGCUCCAGCUCUGGGGACAAUCGAUAUUUAUCCAUCAGCAACAUCCAGCCUGAGGAUGAAGCCGAUUACUACUGUGGGGCAGAUUAUACCAUUGGUAGUAGUAAGGGUUAUUCACAGUGGUACAGCCACUCCAACUUCAGUGAGCUGGCCUUCACUCGCCAGCCUUGUUUCACUCAGGGCUGCUAUUUGGAUGGAUUACUUCCUGAGUUCUCUUGCAACAAGAAAGGCUGCCAGAGUGCUGCACAGGAUGCUGAGACUGGUCAGAAUGGUCAAAUGGUGAGAGUGCCUGAAGUGGAUGAAAGUGAGGCUGUGUUUCACAAAGUCAUCGGCCUCACCAUCUCUUCCAGAGUCAUCACAGUCCAGUGGCCGGACACAGCCAAGACAACUGGCGAUGGCUUGAGCCGUCGUGGAUGA